AUGACAAGUGGACCACAACCUCAUAAUUUAAUAGGACCUUCAUUGGUCAAUAGAGGAGGUAAAGCGAUGGACUCAUUUUUGGACGCUUUUUUCGCUUUGGAUACAGAUAAUCGUGAAGUGAUAUCAUUGAAUGACUUAAGUUCAUAUAAUAAAAAACAUGGUCUACAAGAUAGUUUUCCAGAAACAUUUCUUCGUCGGUUUGAUGCUGAGAAAACUGGUGUUAUAACAUUAGAACAAUAUUGUAAAGCAUUAGGUCUUGUUCCAAAACAAGCGCGCGAGAUACGAAGACGACGUACAACAGUAUUAUUAGAACAAUUAAUGCCACGUGAUUUAGAAACGAUAUACGAUGAUAUGGAUUUAGAAAUGAAAGUUAAAGUUAUGGAAUUAUUUAUUGAUGAUCUACGUGAAUCUGGUCGUAAAACAAAUAUUGAUAUGGAGAAAUUAGAUCAAGCUAUGCAACGUUUAAAAGAAUAUUUUGAUACACGUUAUGGUAAAUCAUGGCAUAUUAUAACAUCGGUUAAUCAACAUUUGGGAAGAUUUAGUUAUGAACCAAAUACAUUAUUUCAUUUUUGUUUAGAUAAAUUAAUCAAAGGUAAGACAAGUGCACAUGCAGGUACUACUACUACUACUACUACUACUACUACUACUACUACUACUACUACUACUACUACUACUACUACUACUACUACUACUACUACUACUACUACUACUACUACUACUACUACUACUACUACUACUACUACUACUACUACUACUACUACUACUACUACUACUACUACUACUACUACUACUACUACUACUACUACUACUACUACUACUACUACUACUACUACUACUACUACUACUACUACUACUACUACUACUACUACUACUACUACUACUACUACUACUACUACUACUACUACUACUACUACUACUACUACUACUACUACUACUACUACUACUACUACUACUACUACUACUACUACUACUACUACUACUACUACUACUACUACUACUACUACUACUACUACUACUACUACUACUACUACUACUACUACUACUACUACUACUACUACUACUACUACUACUACUACUACUACUACUACUACUACUACUACUACUACUACUACUACUACUACUACUACUACUACUACUACUACUACUACUACUACUACUACUACUACUACUACUACUACUACUACUACUACUACUACUACUACUACUACUACUACUACUACUACUACUACUACUACUACUACUACUACUACUACUACUACUACUACUACUACUACUACUACUACUACUACUACUACUACUACUACUACUACUACUACUACUACUACUACUACUACUACUACUACUACUACUACUACUACUACUACUACUACUACUACUACUACUACUACUACUACUACUACUACUACUACUACUACUACUACUACUACUACUACUACUACUACUACUACUACUACUACUACUACUACUACUACUACUACUACUACUACUACUACUACUACUACUACUACUACUACUACUACUAUUACUAUAAUAAUAAUAAUAACAUUUACAUUUCGAGUGCGAUACACUUUUUCGUUCUCCAGUUUAUAG